GGCCGGAUUACUAAAAAUGGAAGCAACAAGAAUGAGUUUUGGACUCGGAGCUUUCUCUCAGCUUCACAAAACCCCUCUCUGCCUUAAGAACAACCUCUCUCUCUUUCCUCGCCGUUUACUACACAACCACAGUCUUUCUCUCAAACCCACAAAACCCAACUUGUUCAUUUCGACCGUUGACGAACUUUUUUCUCCGUCAAUUUGGGGAGAUCACUUCCUCACUGUUCCCCUCGCCCGCUCUGAAUUUGAUGAACUAGAAAAGGAGAUUGAGAUUAAUAAGCCGAUCGUUAAAGAUAUGCUCAUGUCUUCUCAAAGCAGCGACAAGGACAAGAUUCGUCUCAUCCAUUUGCUUAUCAGCCUCGGGAUCUCUUAUCAUUUCGAUAAGGAGAUUCAAGAGAUACUUAACCAAAGUUUCACAAAGUUGGAUGACCUAAUUGUUGGCGAAGUUGAUUUAGAGACUAUCGCCAUCAUGUUCGAGGUCUUUAGGCUAUACGGUCACAAGAUAUCUUGUGAUGUCUUUGAUAUAUUCAGAUGUGAAGAUGGGAGGUUCUUGGAUAGUGUAGCCAGCGAUGUUAGAGGGAUGCUACAGUUGUUCGAAGUUGCGCAUCUUGGGACACCCUCUGAAGAUGUAAUGGACGAAGCACUGAGUUUCACGCAGAAUCAUUUGAAGUCUUUGGCACAUGGUAACGCAACCAAUGUUGCUCCCCAUCUCUUGAAGCAUAUACAAAAGACAUUAUACAUACCUCGAUACAAUAACAUAGAAAUACUAAUGGCAAGAGAAUAUAUAUCUUACUACGAACAAGAAGAAGGUCACGACAUGGUCCUGCUCAAGUUUUCAAAGCUUAGCUUCAACUUUUGCCAGCUUCAUUACAUCCAAGAGCUCAAAACCCUCACCAAAUGGUGGAAGGACUUAGGUGUAGCAUCUAAGCUACCUUACGUAAGGGAUAGAAUGGUGGAGUGCCAUCUCGGGUCUUUGGGACCAUACUUCGAGCCACACUAUUCACUUGGAAGACUUAUAGUCUCUAAAUUUAUACAGCUCGUCGUUGUUGUGGAUGACACAUAUGAUGCAUAUGCUACUUUUCCCGAAGCUACACUUUUUACGGAAUGUUUGUUGAGGUGGGAAAUUGGUGCCAGUGAUAAACUACCAAACUAUUUGCGAGUCGUUCUUGAAAGUUUGUUUGAAGCCAUAAGAGUAAUUGAACAAGAAGUGAAACCUAAAGGAAGAUCAUAUGGCGUGAAACAAGCGGUAGAGAAGCUCCAGGUCCUUGUGAAAGCGUACCUAGAUGUAACAAAGUGGGCACGCUCGGGUCACGUAUCGACAUUUGAUGAGUACAUGGAGGUUGGGUUGAUAUCAGGCGGGAUGGGUGACUAUGCAGCAUACUCCUUUAUUGGUAUGGACGAUAUCAAUGAGAAAGAAGCUUUUGACUGGCUCAAUUCAAAACCCCUAAUCAUCAAAUCUCUGAGUAUAAUGUUCCGUCUAGUAAAUGAUGUAGGCAGCUACGAGACCGAGAUGAGCAGAGGCGAGGUGGCUAAUGGAGUAAACUGUUACAUGAAACAACAUGGAGUCACCAAGGAAGAAGCAUGCAAAGGGAUACGUAAGAUUUAUAGAGAAAAUUACAAAGUGGUUGUGGAGGAGUUCAUCAACUCACAUGACCAUGUACCUCGCCAACUUCUUCUUCGAUGCUUCAACUUUGCACGUCUCUUCGAUGUGUUCUACACAGAAGGUGAUGGAUACACUGAUCCCAAAGGCAAAACCGAACACUUUAUGAAAUCUUUGUUCGUCCACCCAAUACCACUUUCA